CUUGUUUGUGAUUACGUUCACUCUGCGUGCUAACUUUAUUCGUAAAUAAUAUUUAUUGCAACUUGCAAGUGGUUAAAAAAAUUAAUUAAAUAAAAAUAUAUUCAAUUUAAGAUAUUCGAAGUUAAGUUCUAUUUAAUAAAGCUAAAUCGAAUCCCAAAUGGGUUAUAUGUUUAGUUUAGUGAAGUGUAGCGAAGUGAAACAAUAUAAUUCUUCAACCGAUGCAUUUUUAGUUUAAAUGAUUUAGUAUUUGAACAUAAGAGUUUGAAAAUAAAAUAAGAUUCUAACUUGGAUUUUAAAAAGACGAAUAAAUAGAUACAUACAUAAAAUGCAUAAGCUAUUUUAUAAUACAGAUUUCAGCUUGACGCCAUUGAGGAUAUUUUUAGGGUUAGCAGUAGCAGUUUGUAUCUUACGGGUAACCAAAUCCAGUGAAGCAAUAGGUACUGGUGGACCAAGUUUGGUUGUGGAAGGCAAAGAUGCAUUACUUACCUGCGUAGUAGCAAACCCAUAUCUCAACAACACAGUUCUGUGGCGAAAAGGAUCAAGAGAAAUUAUGUCUGCUGGAAUGAACAGAGUUACCAAGGAUAAGCGCAUCAGAGUUCUGCACGAUGAAAAUCCAAGAUCUAAGACUGGAAGUGGGGGCGAUGUUUGGGUUUUACUUAUUAAAAAUACGACACCAUCCGAUUCGGACAUUUAUACAUGCGAAGUUAAUUCUGAUCCUGUAAUACGAAGUUUUCAAAGUCUUACUGUUAGACCAUCAGUGAAAGGUGAAAGUUCAACGCAGGUUGCUCCGACAGAAAUAACUCCAUCCGCACAACAGUUGUCCCACGACUUUACAGAAUGCUGCGAAACUCAAAAUGUUUCGAAAGAGUGUACUGGGUUUUGCAAUGUUCAUAAUAUUAUUGAUGGAACCACUGGCGUGGAGCCGGAAGUCUGUGAAAAGGAUUUUCCGAUUAUUGUUAAGUGUAUGGCUGACGGGAGGAAUCAUGUUCCAUGCUGUGAACAAAGAGGAAUUCCAGAUAUUUGUCAAGAUAUGUGUCGGGGGGAAUAUAGUCCUUUUACAGAUCUUCUUAAAACGAGGGUCUCAUGCAUACAACAUACUCUUCCUGGGCUUCAGUGUAUUUUGGAAGGCGUGCAGAAACUUCCAAGCUCUCCGAUUGAUGUUUUUGUAGAAACAAUUACUGAUACCUCACUCAAAAUUGGCUGGUCACCACCUGAAAAACUACCAGAAACUGUUACUCACUAUUCUAUAAAUAUAUCCGCUUUACAUAGCUUUGAUCCUGACAUCCUUCCAACAACUGUGUCAGAUCCGGGAGUAAAUAUUAAAGUGUCCAGUGACUUGGAAACGUAUGUUGUAUCUGAACUCAAACCAUUGACAAUGUAUACAGUAACAGUGACUGCUCAUAAUCAGCAUGGUGAGAGUCUACCCAGCCAGCGAGUACGUGCUCUGACUUUUAGUGCAGAAGAUUCUGCAUUUAAACUAAACAACUCAACAGCUGUGAUACCAAAACUUCCCAAUAUAAGAGGUUGUUGUGAAAAAAAUGGUAUGUACCACAGAAUGUGCCUGGAUAAAAUGUGCGACCCAAAAAAAGCUAGUUUAGCAAGCUUACCAGAUUUUAUGGUGUGUGCUCCAUGGUCAAACGUAACAUUCAACUGUUUAGCAAAUGGUAUUGAUCACUCCUCGUGUUGCCAAACAAGAGGGGUACCUUCAAUAUGCUUGCCUCUUUGUUCUGGAAAAGUUUCAGCCCUAAAUUUUAGUUUAUUCAAGUGCUUACGAUACAUGCCAGACCUUAGUAGCUGUCUUCUCCAUGGAUAUGGAGUGUUGCCGGGAUAUCCAAGGAGGCUAAGGUCAAUAGAGAUUUCUUCAUCUUUUGCCAUUUUGGACUGGAAUGCUCCAAAAAUACGGACUGAAACAGUCUCCCAGUUCUCAUUAUUUUUCAGACAACUAGGUUCAGAAAACGAAUACGCAAUGAUCCAAAAAGAACGUCCUCCCUUAAUAUUAGAAAACUUGGAACCUGGAACAUAUUAUGAAUGUUAUGUUACAGCUGUGAAUGCUCAUGGACAAGGUAUGCCUUCAUCACGAUUAGUGUUUCGGACAAAAUUUCUGGAAAACAUUGAUCAGACACCUCCUUUGUAUAAUAUUAGCAAAUGCUGCGAAACUGCACAGCUUCUUCCAAAGUGUCUUCCACUUUGUUCUUACGAUAUGAAGUUAAGCGAUAUGCAAACUUUGGGAUCAACUUGUCAAGCUCAAAUGGCAAUAAUAGUUAAAUGUGCAGUGGGCGGUCGAGACCACGCACCUUGCUGCAAUCGAAGAGGUGUAUCUCCUUUGUGUGCUCCUCUAUGUCGUGGAGUUUUACCAUCAGUUUCUCCGCACCUUGCGUCAUCAGAAUGUUUGUCAUACGCAGGGAAUAUUUUACAAUGCUUUGAAGAAGGUACUGGAAAUAUACCUGGUCCCGUUGAGGACAUGCAUGUAACAGAUGUUUCAAACAGCACUAUAUCCUUGGAAUGGUCUCCGCCUAGCGACACCUCACAAAAUGUAACCAUGCAAUAUGAAUACAUUGUUCAAUAUGGAAAAGUUAGCAACAUGACAAUGUACGAGACGGUAUUUAAGCUGGAAAAUGAAAUUCAUACUAAUGCGACUUCAAUAGAACUUUCAUCACUUAAGGCAUCAUCCCUGUACAGGGUACUUGUAACUGUCAGCGGAGAACAUGGCACUUCACUUCCAUCUUCAAUGCUGGUUGUUAACACUUCUACUAGUUUGGAUGCUUUAAAUAACUCGAAAUCUUCAUAUGGAGUUCCUUCGCCACCACACUCCUUGCAAGUGUCUGCACACGGUGCGGACUGGGUUACAAUAUCUUGGCAACCGCCGGAAUUUUCACACCCCCAUGAACCAAUUGCAUAUAGGGUACAUCAUAAAGCAACCUCGUCAAGCGAAUUUUCGAUUAAAAACACCAGGAAUUUAUGGAUACGUCUGGACAGUUUGAGGCCUAACUCUCAACACAUUGUGUAUGUGGAAGCAAUAAGCGCCAAAGGAGUAUCGCUAGCUUCAGAGACACUAGUGGCUUGGACUGAUCCAGCCUUGCCACCAUAUGUGAAUCCGCCCACUGUUCAACCUUCAGAUAUUGUUGCUGAAGGGGGAUCCAUGACAGUUCUGUGUUUAGCACUUGGAAAUCCAGCCCCAACUAUUUCAUUGUACGUCGGUGGGCACUUAGUACGGCAAGACAAAUCAAGAAAUAUGGUUACUGUUAUUCAUAACGUAACAAUGGAUAUGGAGCAUGUAUCUUGCUAUGCAGACAAUGGUUUUGGAAUGCCAAUGCAGGCGACUAGAAAAAUAAACAUAAGCUAUCCACCCAGACUUCAAGCUUCCGGUAUUACAGUUGCUAAUAUUGGGGAUACCGUUGACUUAAAGUGUGCGAUAAAAUCAAUUCCUCAUCCGAAAAUUAUGUUUUGGCGAGAUAAAUAUGGUGAAAGCCCUAUCACUCAAGGAGGAAAAUAUGACAUAACUGUUCAAAACAACACUUCAAACCCUUCUCAAAGUACAAUGAAUCUUCGCAUCUUAAACUUACAACUAUCUGACGUGGGUGACUAUUUUUGCCAUGCAGAAAAUGCUCUAGGAUCAGCAACAAGCCCCGUUUCAGUAAGAAUCAGGACUACCCCUUCAAUAAACAACAUAUCUGAAUGUUGUUCCAAUCAAAAUGUUUCUUCACCUUGCAUGAUUGCGUGUGGUUUUUAUAUUGAUAUUGAUGCAGUGAUAAACAAACCGGAAUGUAUUGUUGACUUUAAUAAGUUAAUGAAAUGUGCUGCUGACGGGUCCGACCACCGAAAAUGCUGUGCAGACAGCAAUGUUCCACGGAAAUGUCUUAAUUGGUGCAGAGGAGAGUCAGUUCUCAAUACUGAAAUAUGUAGUCUUCAACACACAAGGACCAUAGUUGGUUGUUUUGAGUCCAAUAGAGACAAACUACCAGGGCCGCCUCAAAAUCUAGAAGUGAAAGUGAUUUCGGAUAACGAAGUUAAAAUUAGUUGGGACCCUCCGUCUAAGAACCCUGACUCUGUGGAUGGCUACCGAAUAUUUUAUCAUGAAGCUGCUGUUAGUGAGACUGUGGAACAAGCAAUAAACUCAACUGAAGUGAAACGAAUUGACGUUACAAAGACAAGCGCUAAAAUCGAUGGUCUGAAACCAGAAAUUUUAUAUGAGCUAGUAGUUAAAGCUGGAAAUUCAUUUGGUGCUAGUAUCCUUACCGUACCAAUUCGUUUUACAAUCGGUGACAGAGAAUCUACUUCUGCAUCACAUGCUAGUACUGCAGGCACCAUUAGUGGAAUCAUAGCUGGAAUUUUAGCUAUUCUUCUUGCUGCAUUGGGACUAUUUUUCUACAAUCGCAGAAGAAAUGGUAAACAAACAGCUAAUGCAGUUGCGUUUGAAAACCCGAGUUAUCUUAGAGGGGUCGAACAGGUCCAGAUAGCUACUACUCAAUCACUUCCUACAUCACCACCUUCCAUGUCCAAAGUGAAGACAAACUCGAAAACUGAAAGUGGUUCAAUAUCUCCAGCUUCUGAAAGUUCGAAAAGUCGCUUUGUAACAGCUGUUCAAGCAAUUGGAAGUCCGAAUCAACCACAUUAUGAGGAACUUAAAUUUGGCCAAGAAGGGUUAUGAGUUUAAAGCAAACAAAAAACAUCUAGUCAUCUAGUGAGGAGUUGCCUGGUCACAUCACCAUUUCUGAAACAAGCUGAUUUUUCUAUAUAAUAGAUAAACAGAAAAAUGAAAUAUGUUGGUUUUGUUAUAACUAGACAACUUUUAUUUUAAGAAUAGGCUCUAUAGAAUUACCUAAUGUACAUAUACAAAAAAACUGGAAGGAAUUAUUUUUAAUAUAAAUAUGUAGAUACAUAUGGAUAUCUAACUGAUAAUAUAUGCAAACAUGUAUUUUAUUAAUUAAAGGCUAAAUAAAUUAUACCAUAAACAGC